AUGAAAUAAAGAAUUCAAUAAGUUUAGAUUUAUGAUCAAAGAUAAGAUGAUAAGUAGAAUACAAACGUAUACAAUAUCACAAGUUGUCGGCCCGGAAACAAAAGAUUUGAGAAGACGUACAGAUAUUAUCCAAGACGGAAGCCGAUCGCUUCACUUGGUAUUCAAGCUAAAAAAAUGUUGUAUCAUUUCAGUGAUGUUAUGGCAGCACAAUCAUCACCGUUAAUGCUUCCAUCGCAUUAUCCUCGCCUGCCCAGGGGAAUGCCCAACAAAAACGUGUCAAAAUGCUGUGUUGGAUAUCCCUUUACCACUAAAGUUGGUGUUAAACAAGCAAUAUCAGUUGGGCAGGCUUGUGCAGCAAAUCAUUCUCAUGGAAAUAUAUGCCAGCUUGCAAAUGCUGCUGAGGAUAACAGGUUAAAUCUUGCUUCGGACAAUGGUGGAAAAAAUGGAAUGCUGAUUGCAAUGAGAGGCAUGACAGUAAAGAACUUUGAUCCAGCCAGAUAUGCUGGAAGAUGGUUCGAAGUGGCUUCCCUUAAACGAGGUUUUGCUGGGCAAGGCCAAGAAGAUUGCCACUGUACUCAGGGCAUUUAUACGUAUGAUCAAGAAACACCUGCAAUCCAGGUUGAUACGUUUUGUGUUCAUGGAGGACCUACUGGGUAUAUCACAGGUAUAAGGGGAAAAGUUCAGUGCCUUUCUGAGGAAGAUAAGAGAAAAGACGAAAAUGACCUGGAGGUGAUAAAGGAGAAGUGUUACCUUCGUUUUCCUACUUUGCCGUUCAUACCCAAAGAGCCUUAUGAUGUGAUCGCAACUGAUUAUGACAAUUUCGCCCUUGUUUCUGGAGCAAAGGAUACAAGUUUUGUACAGAUAUACUCAAGAACGCCCAACCCAGGACCAGAAUUCAUCGACAAGUACAAAUCUUAUUUGGCGAAUUUUGGUUAUGAUCCCACCAAAAUCAAAGAUACUCCACAGGACUGUGAGGUGAUGUCAAACAGUAAGCUUGAAGCAAUGAUGUCCAUGCCUGGCAUGCAACAAGCUCUCACAAACCAGUUUCCUGAUCUUGAACUAAAAUCAUCCCUCGAGCUUAAUCCAUUUACCAGUGUUUUUGAUACUUUUAAGAAGCUUGUUGAGCUUUAUUUCAAGCAGUGAUUCAAUACUAUGAAGCAAAGCCUUCUGUAUGUGAUUUACUUUGUGCCUGAUAUCUUUUUCUUCCCCCUUCUCAUGCUUUGUAUAUGUAAUAGAAAUCAAUUUUUUUUUGCAUUUGCAUUCAGUGGCAAAGAGAAGAUAUCCCGUUUUCA